ACCCACAAUCAUCCUUCCGAGUUCAUUAAUACACGUUUCUUUCCAACAUUUACAACCGUCUCUCCAAAUCCUUUAACCCGCCGCACAUUAUUCUAACACCUACCUACAACCACCGUUCCACAUCCUCAACACACAUUAAUAAUCCAUUCAUCCCUCCAUUUCAACAUGAACUCUGAAAACCAAACUUCCAACAAAAAACCCUCCAAAAUGCCUCCUGGUCGACGCCAUAAAAAGGUUCGAUCCCGCGGAAAGGGUGGACGCGGCCGCGCGCCCAUGAUGAUGAUCAAGGGCCUCCAAACCAUUGUCAUGCAAGAAGAAUGCGAAAUCAAAGCCAAAAAAGAGAAGGCAGAAGAGGAGGAAAAGUACAUGAAGAUUUACGAAGCGAACAGACGAGCGUGGUGGAAGAAAAUAGCUCGCCGCUAUGCCCCCAAAAACCACGCAACCACUGUCCAGACUCCAGUUGCUCCCACAGGCAACGAGGAAGAGGACUCUGAAGCUGAUACGAAAGUCGGCAUCGCCGCCGCCGCCGCCGACGACGACGACGACGACGACGAGGAGAUCUCGCCCGAAGAGCGCGCCAUGCUGGAGUGCGAGGCCGAGCAGGCGCAGUACCAGCGCGCGAAACUGAUGAUCCUCUGCCGAGAGGAGGGCCCGAUCCCCGAGAUGCCGUGGGAGCCAGCCCACAGCGUAGAGUUCCUUGUCGACCUGCGCGAGUUCAUCCUGCAGGACGACAUCUUCAUGGCCGAGCUCGAUGCCCCCCGCAAACCCGAAGAGGAGGGAGAGGGAGAGGGAGAGGGAGAGGGAGAGGGAGAGGGAGAGGGAGAGGGAGAGGGGAAAAAAAAAGAAGACACCACCCGCAAAUCCGAAGAAAAGGGAAAGGGAAAGGGAAAGGGAAAGGGAAAGGGAAAGGGUAAGGGUAAGGGUAAGGGUAAGGGUAAAGGUAAGGGUAAAGGUAAGGGUAAGGGAACGGGAACGGGUAAGGGAAAGGGCGAGGUCAAGGGAAAAGAAGAUGAAGAAGUUGAAGAAGAAGAAAAAGAAGCCACCCCCCCACGCCCCCCCCACAUCCUCCCGCACGUGGGCACCAUCCUCCUCGACGAGGACGAGUUCGGCGCCUGGACAUACCAGAUCGAGACGAAGAUGCUGCUGGACGAGGCCGCGAUCGGCUGCGCGCGCGCGCGCUUCAUCUACGUCUGGCGCCUCAUCCACCCGACCGUUCAGGCCCGCAUGAUGGAGGCCUUCCUGCGCGCCCACGACACCGGCCGCUUCGACUACAAGGACCUCGUCGAGGCCGCCUACCUGAGCUACGCCCCUUGCCUGCGGGACUGGUGGUUCCUGCGGGCCUUCCAGACGCGUAGGCGUGAGCCGAAGCCGAGCUGAGCUGAGCUGGGUACGGACUAGGACUAGGACUAGGACUAGGAUAGGAUCUUGACAUUAUGGUGGACUUUGCCUCCAUGGCCACCCCCCUUCGUGUCCCUACAGGCGCAGAAGCAAAUGAGAAAAGGGUUGCAUCCGAGGUUGGUAUUAUCAUGAGAAGGUUCCGCGUAUGUGGAAAAGGGUAAAUACGUACGUAAUAUGACAAACCAAAGACAUGAAAGUACUAGGUAGAGGUUUUAUGGCUGCGGAUGUGUGUCCUGUUCAGCCUACGAUACGACAGGCAUCACACCUACCUAUCUAACCUAGGUAGUUCAUGUAAAAUAUUCGCUCCGUAAGACUGAUGAUUAUCAUCACGGCAAUGUACAAUUCAAGGCACCACAACAAACACUUCAAGUCCCUAGGUUAGUAGGCACCCCUAAAAUCACCUUGUGAUAAGUCAGUCCCCUUCUCUUCCUGAG